CUUAUCAGCCCAUUCAAUCGGUCAGAGCGCGAGCGCCACUAGCAAACAAUUUGUUCAUUCAUUAGUGGUGAAGUGUGUGGUGACGUGCGUGUUACGGAGAAUUAAUUAAUUUUUAUAAUAAAAAUCACCACAAAACAAAAAUGUCCGUAGCAGCUAAAGGUAUUUUCAUCGUGGGUGCCAAGCGCACAGCGUUCGGUACAUUCGGGGGCGUGUUCCGUAACACUUCAGCUACAGAACUGCAGACUAUUGCUGCUACGGCUGCCAUCAAGGAGGCGGGAAUCGCCCCUGAGAAGGUCGACACCGUCGUCGUAGGACAGGUCAUGACGGCAUCUCAAACAGAUGGUAUCUUCAUUCCCCGCCACGUGGCUCUCAAAUCAGGCAUUCCACAAGACAGACCAGCCCUUGGAGUCAACAGGCUCUGCGGGUCUGGCUUCCAGUCUGUCGUCAACAGCGCACAGGACAUCCUCACCGGCGCUGCUAAAAUUUCCUUAGCUGGAGGUGUAGAAAACAUGUCCCAAGCUCCCUUCGCAGUCAGGAAUGUUAGAUUCGGCACUGCUCUUGGUUCCACUUAUGCCUUCGAGGACACCCUCUGGGCUGGUCUGACUGACUCUUACUGCGGUCUGCCCAUGGGUAUGACUGCUGAGAAGCUGGGAGCACAGUUCAAGAUCACCAGGGAUGAGGCUGAUAAUUUCGCUUUGAGGUCGCAACAGAGGUGGAAGGCUGCACAAGACGCCGGUGUUUUCAAGAACGAGAUCACGCCAGUGACGCUGACGGUGAAGAGGAAGGAAGUCAAGGUGGAGGUUGACGAGCACCCUCGCCCUCAGACCACCAUCGAAGGUCUGAAGAAACUCCCCCCUGUAUUCAAGAAGGAGGGUCUUGUUACUGCUGGUACUGCUUCUGGUAUCAGCGACGGCGCUGGCGCCAUUGUCCUGGCCAGCGAAGAAGCAGCCAAAGGUCUGAAGCCCCUCGCGCGGCUGGUGGGAUGGUCCUACGUCGGAGUAGACCCCAGCAUCAUGGGCGUCGGUCCUGUACCCGCCAUCGAGAACCUCCUCAAGGUCACCAAGAUGACCUUGAACGAUAUCGACCUGAUUGAGAUCAACGAGGCGUUCUGCGCACAAACCCUGUCCUGCGCCAAGGCCUUGAAGCUGGACAUGGAGAAACUGAAUGUGAACGGCGGCGCCACCGCGUUGGGACACCCUCUCGGCGCAUCCGGCUCACGCAUCACCGCACACUUGGUGCACGAACUCAAACGCCGUGGCCUGAAGCGCGGUAUCGGUUCCGCUUGCAUCGGAGGUGGCCAAGGCAUCGCACUGAUGGUUGAAGCCGUCUAAACUAAACCCUACUUAAGUGAACGACUGAAUGAUUGAGUGAACGAACGAUUUCCAGUGUCAAAUAACCAAAUUGCCAAAAGAGUGAUAUAAAGAAAUUACUAUUUCGAUAUUUUGUACAUAAAUAUGUUAAAUACACUCUCCGUGCUUAACUUUUUUAAUCGUAUUUUAUCAACAAAAUGUAUUACAUGAAUUCUUAUACUGUAAAUAAAUACAAUUAUCAUGUUUAUAAGAGGCAACUAUGCUAAGUCAACAAUAUUUUGAU